AUGAAUGGAUUAUGGAAGAGGUAUAUGAUUGUCAAGGUGUUGGGAAGGAAGGUAGCAAUGGCGGUGCUGAGAAAACGGUUGAGAGAGUUGUGGAAGCCGACGGAAGCGAUGUAUGUGAUGGAUCUCCCUCGGAACUUCUUCAUGGUCCACUUCGAGAGCGAAGAGGAGUACUUGGCUGCGCUAACGGGAGGUCCCUGGAGAGAUUUUGGUAGUUAUCUCAUGGUGAAGGCUUGGUCGCCGGCGUUUGACCCAUCGAGAGAUGAGAUAACAACGACGCCUGUUUGGGUCCGUCUGUCCAAUCUACCUGUGAACUACUACCAUCGGACGAUUCUCAUGGGUAUUGCCAAGGGUUUGGGGGUCCCGAUCAAGGUGGAUCAAACAACCCUCAACUUUGAGAGGGCUAGGUUCGCUCGUAUAUGUGUGGAAGUGGAUUUGCGUAAGCCGCUCAAAGGAACGGUAGUGAUCAAUGGUGAACGUUACUUUGUGUCUUAUGAGGGACUGAGUAACAUAUGUGGCCGAUGUGGUGUCUAUGGCCAUAUAGUUAGUUCAUGUCCACAAGGGAGGAAGGAGAAAGUGGCAGUCGAAAACCCAACACCGAGGUCGGAGAAGUCUCAGGGGGAGGGGUCGCAAGAUGAAACACGGGAGAGAGGAGCCAUUAGCUCGCAACUGGAGGAUGGAUUCACGAUGGUGGGGGCGUCGGGUCGCCGGAGUGAAAAGUCGGUGCCCGGAAUUGUGUUCUCGGCAGGGAGUGCGGGAAACAGUUUGGGCAAUAAGAAUCAGAGUCAAUCUCGGCAAGUAGAUUCGCAAAAUAUUGCCAUAUCUAAUAGUUUUGGUAGUUUGGGAAAAAAUAUAUCACUGGAGGAAAUCACGGGAGAGCAGAUUAUGGUUGAAGGGGAUUUGGAAAAUCAGGAUCCGAAUACGCAAGUGGAUCACGGGAAGAGUGGAGGGCAAGCAAAAGGUAGCCGUUUACAAGUAGAGAAGAGUAAAAUUCAAAAAAAGGAUGUGCGGACCAAGAAGUUGACUGGGCUCGGACAUAAGCCAGAGGGUUUUGGGCCUAGGCCCAGAAGAGGAUCACAGUUAAAGCCCACAUGGGGGCUCGUUUUUCGUCCGAUUGGUGCGGAUGUGGAACUGUCGCCGAAUGGGAAGCGGCUGAGAGUCGAGAAAGAAGGGUUUGGUCGAUUGGGUGGCGCUGUGGCGAAAUCCGGCGAUGGAGCCUUGGUUUCACCGGCGCUCGGAGGACAGGAACCUGAGGAAAGUGGGAUGCUCCAAUCUAUGGGUCAGGGCCUACGAGAUGACACAGUUGGAGAAUCACCGACUUCUAUGCGAGUUUUGGAUCGGCGACGUUGA